CGAAUAUGCAACAUUGAGUGUCAAGGAGGAGCUUGACGCCUUGAGUAUGAUAAGGGAAAUUAAUAGGAAAUCAAAAGAACGAAGAAUCCAAUUUCAUGAAAUUCACGAUCUCGAGGAUGACGAGAAAUCCAAAAUCAUUGAAAAAUUACGGGAAUUAGAACCCAU